AUGACCGGGACGGACAUUGAGAUCGCGGUGGAGUACCUCGAUCCCCGCGUUGAGAUUGCAAAGCCUGACACCACUCUGGAGUGCGAGUCGGUAGCAUCUCCAAGCUCACUGACCGCACUAGGAAGGUCACUGCUUACCGGAGAUUCGUCACUCCUUGAAGUGGAGAGGAAGCUGGAAACCGAGUUCGACAUCACGUUCUGGGACGACGAUGACGAUUCAUCGGAGCGCUCGAGCUCGUCUCACGAUGGCUCCUGUACUUGCAAGUCGACCAAGCGUCCGUGUCUCUUUAUCCACGGCAUGGGCGUCGACCGAGAGGAACCUCACACUGUCGACUCGUUCUCCUACUAUUGGGGCAACCUGACCGACCACGCGCCGUGCUGCCAGUCGAUGAAGUACACGAUCCUCAACACGGUGGACAACGCGUGGACGAACGACACGCUGCAGCAACAAGUGUGCGAUCGCGCUGUGUCGGUCAGUAAACGGAGCUCCAAGACUGUCAUCGCGGACACCAUUAUCAUCACGCAUUCCAUGGGGAACUUGAUGGUUGGAGGGGCCAUCGCAACGGGCAAAUGCAAGUUGGAUUCAAGCUCCACGUGGGUGGGGAUGGCUGGGCCCAUGCAAGGCAGUAGAGCCUCGGAUUUCGUCCAAGACACGUGCGCUGGCGAGACAAACUUUGUGCUGGAGGAAGUGGCGAAUAUCACCGGUCGGUGUCCCCCAACUGUAGCGUUGAAGUCGCUUCCGAGUCAGAGAGGGAACUACAGCUCGGAGGAGCUGGAUGCAGCGUACACUGCCGCUCAGAAGGCGUACACUUCGAAUGUAUCGGCGUUGAUGUGCAGUGCUGGGUAUUCUGGGUUGAUGUCCAAGUACCAACCGGGGUUCUGGGUGCUGGGCAAGGCGGUUCCGUACAAGUCGGGCGAGAACGAUGGCAUGGUGGAGUUCGACAGCUGCGCCGCGGGGCUCCCCGAGUCGAAAUUCGGAGACACUUGGCGCUCGCCGUUUUACAAGACCAAGCUGAAUCACUACGACAGCGAAUUCCUGUAUGGAGACGCGCUGUUGGAUGAGAAGAAGAUGCCUAUCAAGUGGUUCGAGUGCUUGCUUUAG